CCUACGGUCCCAGCGGCGGCUGGAGGAGGAAGCCAGGCGGCUGGAGGAGGAGGGGAGGCGGAGGAGACCGAGGCUGGAGCACCGCUCGCCGUAGACUCACUUCCCCGGCUCAGCAGGGAAAGGUUCCUAGGAGGCGAGUACGGACGGUAUGCAAAGUUGUGAAUCCAGUGGCGACAGUGCGGAUGACCCUCUCAGUCGUGGCCUGCGGAGCAGGGGACAGCCUCGUGUGGUGGUGAUCGGUGCCGGCUUGGCUGGCCUGGCUGCAACCAAAGCGCUUCUGGAGCAGGGCUUCACGGAUGUCACAGUGCUUGAGGCGUCCAGCCGUGUUGGAGGCCGUGUGCAGAGCGUGAAACUCGGACACGCCACCUUUGAGCUGGGAGCCACCUGGAUCCAUGGCUCCCAUGGGAAUCCCAUCUAUCAUCUAGCAGAAGCCAAUGGUCUCCUGGAAGAGACUACUGAUGGGGAGCGAAGCGUGGGCCGCAUCAGCCUCUAUUCCAAGAAUGGCGUGGCCUGCUACCUCACCAACCGCGGCCGCAGGAUCCCCAAGGACGUGGUUGAGGAAUUCAGCGAUUUAUACAACGAGGUCUAUAACUUGACCCAGGAGUUCUUCCGGCAUGGUAAACCAGUCAAUGCUGAGAGUCAGAACAGUGUGGGGGUGUUCACCCGGGAGGAGGUGUGCAACCGUAUCAGGGAUGACCCUGAUGACCCGGAGGCCACCAAGCGCCUGAAGCUCGCCAUGAUCCAGCAGUACCUGAAGGUGGAAAGCUGUGAGAGCAGCUCGCACAGCAUGGAUGAGGUGUCCCUGAGCGCCUUUGGGGAGUGGACGGAGAUCCCCGGCGCCCACCACAUCAUCCCCUCGGGCUUCAUGCGGGUUGUGGAGCUGCUGGCCGAGGGCAUCCCAGCCCACGUCAUCCAGCUGGGGAAACCUGUCCGUUGUGUUCACUGGGACCAGGCCUCGGCCCGCCCCCGGGGCCCUGAGAUUGAGCCCCGAAGGGAAGGUGACCACAAUCGCUACCCUGGGGAGGGUGACCAGGGGGGAGAGGAGCCCCGGGAGGACAGGCGGGGUGAGGACGAGCAGUGGCCGGUGCUGGUGGAGUGCGAAGACUGUGAGGUGGUCCCGGCAGACCACGUGAUUGUGACCGUGUCGCUGGGUGUGCUCAAGAGGCAGUAUGCCAGCUUCUUCCGGCCAGGUCUGCCUGCAGAGAAGGUGGCUGCCAUUCAUCGCCUGGGCAUCAGCACCACUGACAAGAUCUUUCUUGAAUUUGAGGAGCCCUUCUGGGGCCCCGAGUGCAAUAGCCUACAGUUUGUGUGGGAGGAUGAGGCAGAGAGCCGCACCCUCACCUACCCGCCCGAGCUCUGGUACCGCAAGAUCUGCGGCUUCGAUGUCCUUUACCCGCCUGAGCGCUACGGCCACGUGCUGAGCGGCUGGAUCUGUGGGGAGGAGGCCCUCGUCAUGGAGAAGUGUGAUGACGAGGCGGUGGCUGAGAUCUGCACGGAGAUGCUCCGUCAGUUCACAGGGAACCCCAACAUUCCUAAACCUCGGCGAAUCCUGCGCUCAGCUUGGGGGAGCAACCCCCACUUCCGAGGCUCCUAUUCAUAUACGCAGGUGGGCUCAAGUGGGGCAGACGUGGAGAAGCUGGCCAAACCCCUGCCGUACACGGAGAGCUCCAAGGCGGCGCAUGGCAGCUCCUCAAAGCAGCAGCCCGGUCACCUUUUAUCUUCCAAGUGCCCAGAACAGUCCCGGGACCCUAAUAGGGGCUCCAUAAAGCCCAUGCAGGUGCUGUUCUCAGGGGAGGCCACCCAUCGCAAGUACUACUCCACCACCCAUGGUGCUCUACUCUCUGGCCAGCGGGAGGCUGCCCGCCUCAUCGAGAUGUACCGAGACCUCUUCCAGCAGGGGACCUGAGGGCCUUCCUCAUUGCCGAGCGUGUUCCUUCAAGAACCACUAACUCGUGACUGCCAGCCCUUGCCCCCUGCUGCCAUGUGCUCCUAAUCUUCUAACCCUCUGUAGAAUGGAGUUUUCUCUUUUGUAGAGAUAGAUGCCCUGACUGGCUUCAGACCUGGCCCUGUAGCUUUCCUUCUGGUCCUGACCAGGGUGGGGCUCAUUGACUUACCUCUUCCUCUGACCCCUGACCUCCCUGUGCAGCCCUGCCUCUCCUGACUCAUUAUUGUAAGUGCCUUCAAUACUUUGCAUUUUGAGAUAAUAAAAAGAGGCCUACCUUUCCUGUGCUCCUCAGCUUCUCUCUUCUGUUGUCCUCAGCCCCUGUGUUUUCUUCUUUUUUUAAUCAUACCCCUGUCUUAGUUAUCUAGUGCUGCUGCUGUAACAGAAAUGCCACAAGUGGAUGGCUUUAACAAACAGAAGCUUAUUCUCUCAGAGUCUAGUAGGCUAGAAGUCCAAAUUCAAGACAUCAGCUCCAAGGGAAGGCUUUGUCUGUUGGCUCUGGAGGAAGGUCCUUGUCAUCAGUCUUCCCCCGGACUAGGAGCCUCUCUACGCAGGAACCCCAGGUCCAAAGGACGUGCUGUGCACCCGGCACUGCAUUCUUGGUGGUAUGAGGUAUCCCUGUCUCUCUGUUCACUUCUCUCUUUUAUAUAUCAAAAGAGACUGUCUCAAGACACGAUCCAAUCUUGUAGAUCGAGUCUUGCCUCAUUAACUAACUGCUGCCUAUCCCACCUUAUGGAGGUAGGAUUUAUAACACAUAGGAAAAUCACAUCAGAUGACAAAAUGGUGGACAGUCACAUAAUACUGGGAAUCACGGCCUAGCUAAGAUGACACACAUUUUUGGGGGACAUAAUUCAAUCCACCCUUUGGCCCCCCAAAAUUCAUGUCUUUGCCACAUGUAAAACACAUUCACCCCAUCAUAUCAUAGCAAAAGUCCAAAAUCCAAAAACCCUCUUCAUCUGUGAAAUCUAGAAUACAAGUUAUCUGCUUCCAAAGUCCAAUGGUGAAACAGGCACAAGCUAGACAUUUCCAUUAGAAGUGGGAGAAAUUGGAAAAAAAGUAUAACAGGCACCAAGCAAUUGGCAGAACACAAUUAUAUUAGCCCCCAAGGCUUUGAAAACAAUCCUCUGUUCUCUGAGACAAUUUACACAAUGGCCCUGCCCUCCAGACUCUAGGUAUUGGGCACACUGUCCAGAUUAUGAGUGGCGGUCCCUGGCCCUGGGGUUCAGCUUGGCUUUCCAGGCCCACUGGAACACCAGCUUUCGCUCCCUCAGCUUUAGGCACACCAUUCUCCUAGUCCAUCUGAGUGGUGACUGCACCCUUAGAAACACCAGAGGCUAUGGAUCUACCCUUUGAAGCCCCAUAGGUCUUGGCCAUACCAUUUGAGACUGAGGCAGCUUGACUUCUUGUGUUCCUUUUCUCUUCAGCUUCUGCUUCCUGGUUCCUUGGCUUCUCGGCCUCUCGGGCCUCUGCUGGGGCAAGUAUUCCAAAGAUCUGUAGCUCCACUGAUAAGUGCCGGGAGGCACCCCACUCUACCAGUAAACUUUGGCCAGAAGGUACUCAGCUGUCUUGCUUCGUGGGUUGGCAAGCCUAGCUCCAUCGAUAAGUGCCUGGAGGCACCCCACUCUGCCAGGAAGCCUCCUGCACAAAGGCACUCAGCUCUCUCACUCUGGGGGUCAGCUCUAGCACUCUUUGGUGCUGGUCUCUUGGUUCUGCUGCUGCUGGUUCUCUGCUGCUGCUGGUUCUCUGCUGCUGCUUCUCGCCAUCUGUGCCAUCUCUGGUGUUAACGGUUCUCCUCACUGCCCUCCAAGUCCUCUAUCCAUUCACAGCUUUAAAACCGUUUACACAUUUUAAGUAUCUGUUAGAGCAGCAUACUACUCUCUCAGUACAAAAUACUGUCUUAGUUACCUGGUGCUGCUAUAACAGAAAUCCCACAAGUGGAUGGCUUUAACAAACAGAGGUUUAUUCUCUCACUGUCUAGUAGGCUAGAAGUCCAAAUUCAGGGUGUCAGCUCCAGGGGAAGGCUUUUUCUGUCGGCUCUGGAGGAAGCCUCUUGUCAGCAAUCUUCCCAUGGACUAGGAGCCUCUCCACGCAGGAACCAAAGGAUGCACUCUGCUCCCAGCACUGCAUUCUUGGUGGUAUGAGGUCCCUGUCUCUCUGCACCCUUCUCUCUUUUGUAUCUCAAAAGAGAUUUUCUCAAGACAAUCCAGUCUUGUAGGUUGAGUCCUGCCUCAUUAAAAUAACUGCUGCCUAUCCCACCUCAUUAACAUCAUAGAGGUAGGAUUUAUAACAUAUGAAAAUCACAUCAGAUGACAAAAUGGUGAACAAUCACACAAUACUGGGAAUCAUGGCCUAGCCAGUUUGAUACACAUAUUUUUGGGGGAUACAAUUCAAUCAAUGACACCUCCUUUGAGUGAGAAGAUGGUUGGGGAGCCAUGGCCUGUCUGGGCCCCCAGAAGGAAAGUGCCUGCAUUUCCUGGAAGGGGUGUCCCUGUACCUCAGUGUGGUUGGGGCUAUUUGCCUGUCUGUGUGGAGGCCCCUCAAGGAUAAGGGCCCCUCUUCCUGCCAGACCCCAGCUCCUUCAGGCAGACCUGGUUCAUCCGCUGGUCUUUGCCUGACUUGUCAGAGCCUGACUGGAAGAUGAGGCCACUUGGAGUGGAGUGGAGUGAGUUCCAUGGGAGGGGAGACCCUGCUUAGAUGUGUUAAUUAUUAUAUCAGCAUCACCUGCCCACAGGGCUUUGUGCCUGGCCCAUGCUGCCAUCAUUUGGAAAGGUAGAUAGUCUGGCCAUUGUUUUGGCAGAGAGAUAUUCCCGAUUGUCUCCCACUUGCUAUAUUCCAAGGACCUGCCAGUUAUUGGGGGCUAGUCUGUUCUCUUUUUUGCUCAGUAAAAAAAAACAUAUCUAUACACACACCUCCAUACGCUCACCUUCAUACACAUACACCUACAUACACUUACAUAUACUUACCCACAUACAAAUAUACACACACAGACCUGCACACACACCCCCUACCUCUACACACAUACUUACAUAUAUUCACACUUACAUACACCCACUCCCACAUAGAUACACAUACAAACAUGCAUAUACAUACCUAUACACAGGUAUAUACACACAUACACACCUGUACACAUACAAUUACAUGUACAGAACCUUAAAGAACAUGUAGUCAUUUCCUUACUCCAGGUUUCUUGUGGUAGAGUUCCAAAUCUAUAGAAGUGAGGGGAUGGGGUGGUGGAGAGAGGUGGGCUUACUGGUCUAACGAUAUAUGAUGGUUAAGGUUGUGUAUCGACUUGGCUGGGCCAUGAUUCUCAGUGGUUUGGUAAUUAUGGUAUAGUUUGGCAGCUAUGUAAUGAUGUAAUCACUUCCAUAAUGAGAUCUGAUAUAAUGUAAACACCUCCAUGAUGAGAUCUGCUAUGAGCAGCCAAUCACUUGAAAGGGAGUUUCCUUGGGGGUAUGACCUGCAUCCAAUAUACGUAGACUUUCUGGCAAAGCUCCCUGGCUUUUGCUUUGCUCUGGAUCCUGCAUUUGGUUCGUCAUCAUCUGGCCUCCGGUUCUUGGGAUUUGAGCCGGCAACAUGUCAUCUUACCUGCCAAUCUUGGAUUCAUGAGCCUCUGCAGCCCGUGAGCCAGCUGCCUGUCGUCUGACCUGCCAAUCUUGGGUUCAUCAGCCCCUGUGACUAUGUGAAUCAGGAGAAGCCUCCAGCCUGAUGCCUGACCCAGGGACUUGGGACUUGCCAGCCUCUACAACUGCGUGAGCCAUUUCCUUGAGAUAAAUCUUUCUCUUUAUAUAUAUGUGCUUCACAGGUUUUGCAUCUCUAGAGAAUCCAGACACCACAUAUGAGUUCAGGUCAGGCCCUCUUCUCAUUUAGGGCAUUGCCCUUGAUGUGACCUUAUGCCACCCCCAGGUUGUUGUGGAGUAUGUCCAACUCACAGAUAGGCCUACACACGCCACCCUACCUGUACCCCUCUAUGUUCUGGCCUAUAUUCACACCUAACAAGCAUCUUGCUUUGCCAGGGUUGAUGCACAGAAAUCUUCAUGGAGUUUACACUGGAUUCGUAGUCACUUGCUGGCAUAACUUUAAAUGUAAACAUAUAAAAUUUUAUGUAAACAUAAUAAAAUUUUUUUUGAAUAGAGGAUCUAUCCCUGUGGUUCAAGCCCCAAAGCUACAAAAGGACACACUGUGACUUGUCUCCUCCCGCACCUGCCCCAGUUGCCACUGCUCUCCCCGCAACCCCACGUUGUUACUGUCUCGAGUGUCCUCUCAGAGAUCUAAGCGAGCAUAAACCUGUAUCCUUCUCCCUCCUUUUUAUGCAGAAGGUGACAAAGCAUACAGCCGGUGCUUGUUUCCGGUAACAAUGUACCUUGGCGAUCUCCGCACAACAGCAUUUAAACAGACCAUGUAAAUUGGGUGACACUCUUACUUUGGUUAGAGUGUGUCUCCUUCUUGACCGAAUUACUCCACAGGGAGCCCCUUCUAGAGUUCGGCCUAGCAUGCACUGAGCCAGCAUGGACCCUCCCCAGUUCCUGGGUUUUCCUAUCACCUGCCGUGGGCAGGACAGAAGCAGCCCAUCGUGUAAAGAUGGGGGUAGAAAACAAUAAUAAAUAGAUUCUCAGAAUCACAGGUGUAGGACUUUUAGGACUCCAUGCGGUGAAAGGGUAGGGGAAUGUUUAUUUGGUGACUGCAUGUUGGGAACUCAGGUGUGAGUAAGAGGAGGCGGAGAAUGUUUGCCUAGUGCUCACGGCCCGCAGGGCAGAACGUCAGUCAUAAACGAUGGCACAGUGUCUCCUCAUUUGACGUGCAUGCCCAUGCAGGCUGACAGGGGCCAUGUGUCCCUGGGAGAAAUGAAACCUCAGGGAAGUUCAGUAACUUGCCUGAAGGCCUUCAGUACGUGGUGAUGCUGAGACUUGAACUGAAGUCUGCCUGUGUGAGCUCAUUUUAUGGGUGAGGAGAGGCUGGUGCCAUCAAAACAGAGCCCAUUGCUCAGGGAGAAACUGGAACAGCCACCCUGGAAGACUGUGGCUCUUGUUAGCUGCCGUCAAGUCAGCCCAGACUCAUGGUGGGCCCGUGCACAACAGAACAACUGUUGUGCUCCGUAGGCUUUUCACUGGCUGCUUUUUCAAAGUAGAUCACCAGGCCCUUCUCCCUAGUCCUUCUUAGUCUGGCAGCUCUGCUGAAAUCUGUUCAGCGUCAUAGCAACACACAAGCCUCGGCCGAGGAUGAGUGGUGGUUGCGCAUGAGGUGUAUUGUCUGGGAAUCGAACCUGGGUCUCCUGCAUAGAAGAAAAGAAAUCUACUACACAAUACUGUGGCAGAGUCUACUUAAGCUGCCCAUGUGCCUGCCAGCAUUUCCACUCCUGGGCGUGUACCUGAGAGAAAUGAGUCCAUGUGCCCACCAAAAAUAUGUAUAGGACUGUUCACAGCAACAUAGCUCGUAAUAGCUAGAAGUUGGGAACAGCCCGGAUGCCCAGCAGGAGUAGAAUGGAUAAGCUGCAGUUAUGUUCAUCAGUGGAAUACUAGAUAGCAGUAAAAUAAAGUGAACUGAUAUUUGCAACAACAUGGGUGAAUCUCAAAAACACUAUGUUGAGUGAAAGAAGCCGGGCACUAAAGCCAGAGACCACAUACUAUAUGAUUCCCUUUGUAGAAAGUUCAAGAACCUGUAAAAUUACCGUCUGGUGUUAGAAGUGAGGGAGUGGGGUAGUGACUGGGAGGGGGCAUGAGGUAACUUUCUGGGGUCAUGGAAAUGUUCCAUAUCUUGACCUGGGUGGUGGUUGAAUGGGUGUAUACAUUGUUAAAAAUGCAUCCGAUUGUACUGUGCACUUUACUGUAUAUAUAACUCAAUAAAAAAAGUUCAAAAAAGUUUGAAGACUCCCUUUCCCUCCCCUCCAGCCCAAAACACAGAGUAGAUCUGGUUGCAUAAAAACCAAACCAUCUGCCAGCGAGUUGAC